AUGAAACAGACUGAUUUAUUAUCUCAGAUGCUUUGCACUGGAGCCUAAGGAAAUACGUUGUUGCUUUAGUACAUGUUAAUUAAUCUAUGGUCAUGUUAAUGCAUAUAUAAAAAUCACAAAAUUAGAAUAGAUAAAAACGUGUAAAUUCAAGCUAUAUGAAAGCGAAAAACUUUGAUCUUCCAGCCAGUAGGUGGCAAUAGAGAGAAGAAUCUCUCAAAUUACGUCACUUCCGCCAAAACAAAUGUCCCACAGUCUGAUCCAGCUGCAACUUGAGAUUUUAACAUUUUCAUUCCUAAAUUCUUACUUUUAUAUAGGUUAAUUUUAUGGUUAGGGGAUGAACACCGCUCUGAAGCACUGGAGGGAGGCGGCUACCCUAAUCUUAGCCGCGGGACACAGACUCGGAGCGGACACUUUAUCGUCAAGGACACCGCUGUCGGUUUCUCCGCCGUCGGAGAGCAGCAGCGCGCGGGCACACCUGCCUCUAAGCUCCCGCUUCGACUAUGAUGUUUUGCUGCUCAAGCGAAGCGCUAAAAGUGGAUUCAUGCCCAACGCCUACGUGUUUCCGGGCGGCGCUCUGGACUCCUCUGACUUCUCCAGUGACUGGCUGGACGUUUUCAAGUCUUUCUCCAACUCCCCAAACUUUGGUUUGAGAGAAUCAAAGCAGCCCGUGGAGACCAGACCCGCCAUUUUUGCCACAGACCGACUGAAGCUGGGCUCCCCCAUCCCGGGGGAGGUCGCCCUCCGGAUCUGCGCCCUGCGGGAGACGUUUGAAGAAUCUGGGGUGCUGCUAGUUGUUCCAAAAACGGAAGUGAUAAGUUUGGAGAAUGCCCAUUAUAGUAAACCGUACAAAGCGCCCCCAUUCUCUGAAAGCGAGCUCUCACAGUGGAGGACUCUGGUGAACCAAAACCCGACCAACUUCAUCCGGAUGUGCAGGGAGCUGGAGGUGCUGCCCAACAUCUGGGCCUUACACGAGUGGGGCAACUGGCUGACCCCCGUCGCUCGGUACGGUCGGAGGUUUGACACCGCCUUCUUUCUGUGCUGCCUUCAGGAGACUCCCCACACCAUCCAAGAUGAGAAGGAAAUCGUUCAUUUUCAGUGGUCCACUCCUUCAGAGAUCCUGCAAAGCUACCAGCAGCGACAGAUGUGGAUAGCUCCUCCUCAGUUCUAUGAACUCAGCCGCAUGUGUUGUCUCCCCCGUCUUGAUGACCUCCACAGCUUUGCGUACCAGCGCGCCAUAGAAGGCUGUGAACAGUGGCUGCCUGUAACUUUACUGGAAAAUGAGCACUAUAUAUCACUGCUGCCAGGCGACAAACAAUACCCACCAGACACCUCAGGGCAGACGGAAACCGACAGAACUCCUAACCAUGAGCAGAAGAAUCCUGAAAACCGGUCUGCCCUGCACCGCAUGAUGGUCAAAGACUCUUACACCACAACUCUGCACGUCACCAUCAAGCCCAAAUACAAGCACUUGCUCCCUGUAAUGGAGCCAUCUUCAUCACAGGGAACCAAAAGUCAACUUUGACUUCAGUGUCGAUCGAGGGUUUCUAUGGAGACGCACAGCCUUGGAAACCUACCAACUAAGUCCAGAUGAAGUGAUAGCAGUGGUCUGGCUGUGCACUGUGUGUAGCUCACCUUCCUGUGGAAACAGCCUUCUUGGUUUGUUAGUGUCCAGGCAACGGAGUGAAGCUUUACUUGAACUUGUGAAAUAACAAAAUGUCGUGGAUUCUACUUAAUUCUCGACAGAGAAGCAUAAGUAUUUGUAAAUCAAUGUAUAGUAGUUCAGUCGCUAUUCGGGGCUCAGUGAUAGUAAUUAGGGCUUGGUAUUACUAAUUGUUCUCAGAAUCAAUUCGAUUCACUAGAGCCUAUACGAUUCAAUCUUUAAACAUUCUUUAAUCCUUUCAAUUUAAUUUUGAGUUUACACGUUUAUUCUCAUUUGUUUAGAAAUACAUUAAUAAUCUACAUAUGUUGAAGAUUUUCAUAAUAAUCUGAUACAGUUCACACACUGUAAAAUGUGUUAGUGAAAUAAUGAGAUUGUUAAUAGCAUACAGUGUUGCAUGGAUUCUCAAACAGAGAACAAUUGUUCUGUCUCCUGGAGGGCCACUAGAUGGCGAUCACGGUAUAGUAUUACACCUUAUUCCAGAAGAAGAAAAAAGUACGGAUAAAAACUGUUUUACUGUACUUUAAGAUUAUUUCCUUGAGUUUGAAGACUUCAUGCCUGUGAGUGUAUAAAUAUAUUUAUUCAGUCAGCAAUCUAUGAUUUGGUCGACAGUGUUAGCAUUAGUCGACCUAUAGGAAAUCUUAUUAUACGUUAGCAUCAAGCUAGUGGACCUUAGCAUUAUGCUCUAUUUUUUGGAUAAAUUAUUAAUCUAUUAAGCUUUAUCAACCCACUUUUAAAAUUUUAGUAAAAUAUUUUUUUUGAGCAGAAGAAGGAUUGUAGAAGAAAUCAAGUUUGCACUACAUUAAGCCAGAAAGCAAAGCAGACGAGACUUUAAAUGUCAGGGGUCUGCCAGGGAAUAUGUGGAGAACCUCCUCAAGUGGCUAAAGAGCUUAUUUACAUCAGUCAAGUGCCCAUUUCAGCAGACUUUUUGUUAUUCAUAAUUCAUUUCUCAUCAAAGCACAUUAAUCUUCAUAAGUCUGGGGAAAAUACAUCACAUUUAUUUGGGACAUGCGGUGGCAGGAAAUGCUGUUGAUCAAUUUACAACUUGCAUUGCAAAUAUAUAUAUUUUUAUCUUUGUCAACCCACAAAGAAAUUCACCAAGAUUAGAUUAAAAUAUUAAGGCUAUUUUCGACAUUUUAGACCCUCUUUGUUACAUAAAAAUGUUGCUGGAUACUAAAGGUUUUAAAAUGUGUGCAAUAAAUAAAAGCUAAACUAAA